AUGGAAUGCAUCAAAACAGUUAACUAUACUGUCCUUGUAAGGCAAGGAGACCCUAUCUCUCCUUUCGUAUUUGCUAUUGUGAUGGAAUACUUGAGUAGAUCUCUCAAUGAACUGAAGAAGGAGACUACCUUUCAAUACCAUCCCAGAUGCAGGAAGUUAGGUAUAACUCAUAUGAGUUUUGCUGAUGACCUGCUAUUGUUUGCCAAAGGUGAUCUGUCUUCAAUAGUUACAAUGUACAACUAUUUUUCUCAAUUCUCUGAGGCUUCAGGAUUACAAGCCAACUUAGGCAAAAGUUUAGUUUACUUUGGUGGAGUAAAGCUAGAAGCUCAGUUGUUCAUUUUACCUGUUAAGGUUCUGAAGAUGAUUGAGGCUCUUUGCAGAAGUUAUGUUUGGUCAGGCAGUAAUACUAUUACUAAGAAGGCUUUUGUAUCUUGGGAGAAGAUGUGUACUCCUAAAUCUGUUGAUGGCUUGAAUCUCAUAAAUUUAUCUCUGUGGAACAAGGCUGCAAUUGCUAAGAUAUACUGGGGUUUAGCUCAUAAAGAGGAUAAACUAUGGAUUCGAUGGAUUAAUGCCUACUACAUCAAGCAGCAACAGUUACAGCACAUGCCAAUUCCAUAA